AUGGCUGUGUCAUUGAUGUGCUUCCCCUGCUGUGUUGGAGGACAGCCACAAGCUAAACGAAGAGCCAGGCCAAGACUGGAUGCCAGCAUGAUAGGACUACCCACAGAUUUCCGUCACACCGUCCACGUAGGCAGCGGAGAUGUCAGAUCGUCACCAAAUCUCCAUUCCCUGCAGAGCCACAUGUCCUCCAAAGGAGAAAUACCCAAACACGUGUCGCCUGGCGACCUGCAACUGACUGUUGUUGACCUUCCAACACAGACAGCAUUAUAG